UCACAGAAUUUCAAGAGAUUAAGACACCUUCUUCAUUCUUUUUCAUAGUCUGCUCAUUUUACUUUCGUCACACUGCGUCAAGAUCUUUGCAGGUUAGGAAGAUACUAAAAUUAGCUAGAAGAACUCGAUUUUUCCUCCAUGUGUCGACUUUAAGUUGUUUCUGAUAUCCUACACUCUAAGAAUGAGUUUUCACAGCACGAGUAAGAUGGAGCAGAGACUGGCACUUCUAGGAGAGGCAGAGACCGAGCAAGCCUACCCGGAAGAUUGCAGCAGCGAUCGCACAUUGUCGCCGCCUCUGUGCGACGAUAAGAAACUCGACGAUGAUGCGCAUCUACAUUCUAUCAGGAAGUGGCAGUACACAGGUAUUUAUGUCGGAUUAGCCUUUUUAUUCGUUGUAUUUGGUAUUGGCUCGAUUCUUGGUGAAAGGAUUUCUUUCGGCCCAUCGUCAGCCAAAUUCAUAAACAUGGGAGAAUGCGGCCGUACACCGCAAGAAGCCCGAGACAGUGGGUGCGUCUUUGAUCUCAUGAUGUCCGGCUGGGUACAUCCUCCUUGUUACGACCAAGAACUGUCCGAUGAGUUUUUACUGGUCAACAAUUUCACCUUUUAUAGGGAAAAAGAGGGUAUCAAUAUCAUGACAGAAGCAGAGGCUCGUCUGGGCAACUACGAGGUCAUAUACAGUCAUGGGACCUUUCACUAUCAACAUUGUGCCUACAUUUGGGCGAAACAGAUACCACUGUUACAACCGGGUCGGGAGCCCGAACGUAACUCAGCUCCAGCUUGCAACUGGGACGAAGAUCAAGAGAUCGGCGUUCAGGCUUAG